UUAUUCCGAGUAUGCCGAGUGAAUCAUGUGGAGCCCGCAGGAGUUUGUUCUAACGGGUUCAGAGCGUUUUUGCGCACGUUUCUCGCUGAUAUACCGUGUGACAGGUGUCCAUUCGGGUGGACUGAUGGAAAUGACAUCUGCUUUGGCAAUUGGGAGAUUGAUUUGAUUGAGUAUUUGGAAUUCUUUAGACCUUCGAUUACGUAUGGACUCAAUUUUCGAUGUUUGGAGUAUAGUUCUGGGUAUAUCGGAUUUUUCGAGCACGUUUUCCUACGUUUCUUCUCCUUUUUCAUGUAGCUAGAUUGUUAGCGUGCUAUUAAAUUCGAUGAUGGUUCUACUGUCAUGGUUUUUCCUGGGAUUUUAAUACUAGAUUCACGGAACCCGUUGAUUUGACGGAUACUAAUGUGAUGAACAUUGUUUAAUAGUUUCAGUCGACUUUGAUUCGUGCAGUUAUGCGAAUACACAUUGUAGUACUCUAAUUUUGAAGCUACAAUUUUCGCGAUCUAGAUCUAGAUUUCUAAAAUCAAACUAAAGUGUAGAAUUAUCGUUCGUAAAUCUAGUGUUAAUAUUGAGAAUAUAGGAUGAAGGUGUUUUCUUUCGUGGAAAGCCAUGGGUGUUCCAUCGAAGCGUGUUUCCCGACGUCGAAACCGUGAAACGCGGCCAUUGACGAGCGGCGAGAUUUAUGAAUAUUCUAUUUCGAGUUUCGCUCUAAUUUGUAAGUGACAUACGAUGCACAUCUCGGGACUGCUGUCACCGCGACGCAGCGGUGAUUCUUUUUUCCUCGCUCGUUUCCCACGAGGUGCAGUUUAAUUAUAGCCUCGACCAUGCACACCCGCAUAGUGGAAACGGACACCGAUGAUCAGCCGCGAGACAUUUGUUUGUGUCCGUUACACAUUGUUCUCGAUAUAUUGCCCGUUGCUCUCCUCUGUACUGCGAUUCUUCCUCCGGCGAUGCCCGACUUGACGCUUAUGUAAUCUAAUUUACCUCUGGAACACUCUUAACACUAGCUUCACGGACGUUUAUUGUCCGGUUUAUUCUAUUGUUCCUAGAAAAAUUGAUGUUCGACCAUUUAGAUGUUGGAAAUUCGGGAUUUAAAAUUAGGUUAUUACGAUACGUGUUCUUGUAACUGCAUCAACCAAAACCGACAUAUAUGUUUGUUAAGUAAUGUUUAUAAAAUUCAGUAUGCGUCAAAUUGACGCACUCCGUAAACCUAGUGUUAAUAGGAUUUUUGAUUAUUAAUAUUCAAUUAUUAUGCGACGAUAACGAAGACGUUCAAUGUCAUUAAAAGGACAUUGGUAACUUGGAAAUUUUGUGAACUUUCAUGUUCACAACCGUGUUGUCUUUUUCAAACCAAGGAUCAGCGUGAAAGUGAAGGGUUUCGCGAAUACCUGUUGGACGACGGACAAGCAGGAAAUGGACGAGAGAGGACAGUACAGAGAAGGAACCGAAACGGUCACAGCCCACGAGGACUAUUUCGAAACGAAAUAUUAUCUAGUCGGAUCGUCUUCGGGCACCGAGAUCGAGGUACAAAGCGGGGAACACAAGUUCCCGUUUCAGUGCGCUCUACCCACGAAUAUUCCGAGCAGUUUCGAGUCUGAUUUCGGACACGUUCGGUACAUCGUCAAGGCAACGUUGGACCGCCCCUGGAAAUUCGAUCAAGAAGUGAAGAGUCCCUUCACCGUGAUACAACCGCUCGACCUUAACCAAGAGCCCAGGGCUUCGGAAAAGGUCCAAGAAGAAAUGAGCAAAACGUUCUGCUGUCUAUGCUGCGGCACGCCGCCGUUGACUGUUAAUUAUUCGUUGCCCGUGAGAGGCUACGUACCGGGGCAGUCGAUGCCGAUCAAGAUAAACGUCGAAAACGCGUCCGGAGUCACGGUGGAAACGGUGAAGCUCAUUCUCACCAAGAUCGUAACCUUCCGCGCGAACACGCCGAGCGUCGAUACGAGAACGGAGGAGAUCGUGGUAGCGGAAGUUGGCAAAGGUCCCGUCGAGGGCGGAGGAACAGCCGACUACGAGCAGAAUCUUGAAGUUCCCCCGCUGCCGCCGUCGAAUCUCACGAAUUGCGGGAUCAUCGACUUGGAGUACAACCUCAAGGUUGUCGCUUGUGUAUCAGGAUGGUAUCACAGAAAUUUAUCUAACAGCACUGUCAUAUUCGUGGGCACCGUGCCGUUAGUGAAUUAUCAGACUCCAUCGGCGCCACCGAUGGAAGCAGCAUCGCCAGCAAUCGGAUGGACACCACCGGAAGGAAUUCCAACGGCGAAUUUGUAUCCGAAUCUGCCUCCUCCGACGUACACCGAGUCGGACAAAGGCGCGAGGAGUCUAUGGGAACGCGGCGAGUCCGAGCACGUGUUCGGCAUAUCGAAUCAUUUCGCACCGAAAUAUCCUGUCUACAAUUUCGCGCCGGUCCAAUGAGCAACGAAGCGAAACGCUUGGUGACUUCAUCGGAAGAAAAAGAAUUGUUUGCUUCGCAACGCUGCCUACAAAGCACAUUCUGAAAGCUUCACAACGAAGUUCACAGUCUGCAACCGCUGCGAACAUUUCGAAGCUGACAGAGUCAAUUAUAACUACCAAUGCAAACUUUUGGAAAUCAGAAACUUAAUCAUGUUAUUUCUACACUGAUACUUAUGAUAUAUGACGCGAACUUUUAUGAGCUACUUUACACUAACUCGAAUGAAAGUUUGCUCGAUUUAUUGAGCUUUCUACUCUAACGAGAAUAGAAACCUCAAUAGUCUUAGAACAAAUUAGAAAUUUCACAAAGUAUCUCUGGACAGAUUGUUUCACUGUGAUUUUCAAGUGUGAAUUAAAUCUGCGGUCCUAGAAAAAUGUCUUGAAGAGUUUGCUGGGAAAUACGUUUACUUAUUUUCGCGGAAGUUAUAGUUCGAGUAAUUUUAUUAACGAUACGCGAGUGAUUUUAUUGUAAGUAUAAUAUCGAAGAUGUUUAAGGUACACGGAAGAAAUUUCGAGACUAGUCGAGUAUUCGUUUAUGGAACUUACGUGCCUAGGAAGCAAUAGAAGUACAUGUUUGAGUACACUGAAGGAUUUACACUGAAGACGCACAAUUUAGAAAUACUCAAUGAUGCAAACGAUGAAAGUAUUGGAGCUUUUACGGUUUUUCAGGAACGCAAAGUGUAUUUUUCUACGAGGACAUUGAGCGCCGGCCCCGCAAUAAUGCGGAUUUCUGGAUUUCCAUUUCUGGAUUUUACGAAUAUGCAAUUAAAAUGUACUAUCUUACGAAAGUGUAUAAUGUUUUGAAUAUUUUUUUUGGCUGCUCAUUGAUCAGAUACAAGCGAAUGAUGUUUCUUAAAUCCCCGGUGCUCAAUGUGCUAAUUGACUUUACAAUGUCGUUGUUUGAACACGCUCUUUUACGAGGAUUUCGUUUGAUCUACAUUUUUAUACGUGUAUGUAAUUACGUAGUAAUUAUCUGUAUGCGGGUGCGGUACUCGACAAAGGAAAAGGAAUUUAAACGCGACUGCGAGAUCUGCCUUUAUAUUUACCAUGUUGUGAAUAAAAUAUAUGUCUUUCGUAUAAUUGAGGUCCUUUAAUUUCGUUCGAUGUUAGUGUUACAUUGUCGUUAUCAUUUGUUUGUCUCCAUAGCUUUAUUACUCACACGCUGAAUAAAAUGAGAAAUAAAUUUCAGCAAUCGAUAAAUUCAAUUUUCCAUGUAUACG